UAGGUUCAUAAAACUAUCUCCAUACACAACUUGGAUACAAAGAAAUUUACAUACAAACACAUACCGUAGAACAUAUCGUUUGGAUACCAAUUUGUAUAGAAGAAACAAGAAUCCAUUUAUACCCAGUGAGAGUAUUGACAGGCAAGAUGAUUUUGUACUGGAAAAACUGGAUGAUAUGACGAUGGUGUUGAGAAAAAAUUAUUCUAACGUAAGAGAAACAGUAAUGGGCAAAUGUUCAGAUAUUGAUGGUGAACCUAUGUACAGAGAAAUUGGGAGAAUUGAAGCCCCGGGACACAUCGGAACAGGAGUUUAUGUGCUAUCUCUCUUCGACACGCUAUAUCCGAACAUGACAUGUGUAAUGGUAACAGUACACUGCGACAAACGGACAAAAACAAAACUCUGGAUCGACAAAGGCUUCUACCAGGACGAUUUGGAACAUCUCAUAAAGACUGUACCAAUUUUGGGACGUAAUACCACAGUCCCGCCGAAAAUACUCUUCAUAAAGGACAGAUAUUCGAAGUAUGAGAACUAUGAGACUACCAAUAUUAUCUUUAAGUUUGAAUUCACUGGAAAAGCCAAGAUUGUCGUGGAGUUCUUUGGACAGAAAAUUGAAAAUAAGGAAGAGGAACCACAGUUCGAUGAUGAGGACUUUUUACUGCGGUCCGCUAGAAAGUGUUUGUUUUAA